CUGGCCGCCGUGGCGCUGGGGACGGUCGCCUGGCGCCGCGAGCGGUCCCGGCGGCGCCGGCGGCGGCUGCAGCAGGUGGGCACCGUGUCGCAGCUCUGGAUCUACCCGGUCAAGUCCUGCAAAGGGGUGGCGGUGAGCACGGCGGAGUGCACGGCCCUGGGGCUGCGCUGCGGCCACCUGCGGGACAGGUUUUGGCUCGUGGUCAACGAGAAGGGGAACAUGGUUACUGCUCGCCAGGAACCCCGUCUGGUCUUGAUUUCCCCGACUUGCGAGGGGGAUGCCCUGACCCUCAGCGCAGCCUACACAAAGGACCUGCUGUUGCCCGUCAGGACGCCGGCCACCAAUGCCGUGUACACAUGCAGAGUGCACGGCCUGGAGAUCGAGGGCAGGGACUGUGGGGAGGCUGCGGCCCAGUGGAUCACGAGCUUCCUGAAGACGCAGCCCUACCGCCUGGUGCACUAUGAGCCUCACAUGCGACCGAGAAAUUCUCACCAAAUCAUGGACGUGUUCCAGCCCACAGACCAGGUUGUGUACUCAGAUGCCAGCCCCUUCUUGAUCCUCUCUGAGGCAUCUUUGGCCGAUCUCAACUCCAGGCUGGAAAAGAAAGUUAAAGUGGCUAACUUCAGGCCCAAUAUCGUCAUUUCAGGCUGUGAUGUCCAUGCAGAGGAUUCUUGGGAUGAGCUUCUUAUUGGUGACGUCAUACUGAAAAGAGUAAUGGCGUGCUCCAGGUGCAUUUUAACCACGGUGGACCCAGACACUGGCGUCAUGAGCAGGAAGGAGCCGCUGGACACCUUGAAGAGUUACCGCCUGUGUGACCCUUCUGAACAAAAGCUAUAUGGAAAAUCACCUCUCUUUGGGCAGUAUUUUGUUCUGGAAAACCCAGGGACAAUCAACGUGGAAGAUCCUGUGUACUUGCUGGGCCAGUGAUAGGAGUUCUGUCCCGGAAUAUCAGAUACCUUAAAAAAAUAACCUCAAAAACGCCAACACUGGGAAGCAUACUUUUGGAACUGAUACCUCAGCAUUUUCUUUAGAUCUGUGACUUCCAAGUGUUUCGUCUUUUGGACUUCCUUGUGCCUCAGUGCUUCCCAGUGUCCCAGGGCACGAGGCAAAGAAAUACAGUCUUGGUCACUUACUAGGACAUCCGUAAGUCACUUAAAUGACAAGACAGAAUACUGAAAAUCCCCAGUUUAACUCUGAUAAUGGAAUUUGUAAAAUUCCAAAGAAAUGGAAUUCUUUUCCAUUUAUCUAUCCAGAGGACUAACCUCCAUCGUCUCAUUACCACUCCAUAGGGAAAGAGAGGAGAAAGAGGAAGAGUGGGGAAGUGUGAAGAAUGUUCUGGAAGAGUGCAGCGGAAAUGACAUAGCUCUCCAGAUGAGGCUGGAAUGUCACAUCCCUUUUCUCCUCAAGUCCUAAACUACCUUUUGAGAAGGCAUGACGACCCUGAUCUUCGGGAAACACUUAAGACUUUCAUUUCCCAUAGAUCAUCUUUGAUCUGACACUGUUGCUUCUCAGACAACGUCCACAGGAUUUGGUGGAUCCGUCAGUCGUCCGCCCGCAGUGCCUCUGGGCUAUAGAACAGCAGACAUGCCAUGGUGGAAAGUCAGCUCAUGAGAACAACCAUUGCGGUCAGACUCUGAUCCGCAACACGUGGAAAGCAAGACAAACAAAAGCUUCCUUGUCUUUAAGCGAAUAUCAAAUACAUCUCAUCAGUGACCCAAACGGUUUCCAGGCGUAGGAGUGGGCAGUAGCACAAAGGGAAGACGGAGCCAAAAGAAGCAGAAAGGAGAUGACGCCACCUAGUGGUGGUGAGUGAUAUUUCAGCCCAUGCUGUUGAAAAGAUUGAAAAAAAAUACCCCGAAUGGGUUUUACUUUUCUAUCCCUGAAUUUUUUUUUAAAGGAAGUGGGGGCACCCUCCAGGUACUCUCUACUUCUCAGCUGUAGGCAUCUGGUUUCCUAAAGGGUCUCAGGAGGGCGGCUCUGCCGUCACCAAGUCCCCUGGGAUCCUUGCUGUUCUCAUCAACUCAUGGCUGGGUGCUCCUCCUCAAAGCUGGGGCGAGAAAGUUCUGGAGUCCAAGGAUGAGAAGAAACGUGCUUUUGUAAUUGGAAAUAGGCCGCUGAAAACCUUUCGAAGGAGAAGAAAUCAUGUCAGUUCAUUAAAUGCCAGUAUCUAGUCUUCCUACUUUCUAAUGAUUUGUCUCUAACAUCUGAUGAACCGUAUCUUUCACCGCUGUUUUGUCCUUAGGAAGCUGACGAAACCGUGAAAAAAUGUUCCCAAACUGUAAGUAAACGGAAGCUACUUUGACGCGUUUCAGAUCUUACUAACAUCUCGGCACAAAAGUCCGACUCUGCAGCUGACAGAUGUGGAAGGGCCAAGCCCAUGAUUGUGAUGUCUGCCCAGAGCCGGGUCUCUUACACGUGGACCUGAUCGCACCCAGCCUCCCCAGCGAGCACCCGUCUUUGAUGGGCUGUCAAGCAAACACGCUUUUUACCAGAAGCUGUGCAUUUUCCAUGUCGGUUUUAUAAAAGAGGUUCGUAACCACUGGAAUCCAGCCAAGCUGGGAGGUAGUUUACAGGGGCACGUAUAUGUGUUUUCUGGUUGGUGCCUCACUGCGAUUUGUUUUCUGCACCCUUGGUGUGAAGCGGAGAAUGAAGACAAUGCCUCAGGCCCAGCAGCUCAGUGGAGGCUCCGGACCUGAAGUGAAGAAUUCUGUUCAGCGCUGCCCUGCCCCACACUCUGACCCCCUUUCAAGAAAGCUGCUCUGAUCUCUCGCUCUCUAGAGGGAGCACCUGCCAGGCACAAGGAAUCACGACUAGCAGGAAUGGUCCCCACGGGAGAAGGCCCAGCCCCAUGGAGGAGGCCUCUCUUGGGGUGCUUCCUCUUGUCUUCUCCCUCUGGUUGAAGGAUUCAACAAAUGCUCUUAGCAUUGGGAUAAUAGAAAAGUGCCUGAGGUAGCCCUUUGUCUGCUUUGACUGCACUGUCUUCACAGGAAGAGACAGAGGCAACAGCUUUGGCUAUGAACCUGGACUCCCUCAAAACACAGCUGAUAGGGGACUGGUGGGGCCAUCUGGUCCCAUCCUCUUGGGCUAAGCUCAGAAAGAGGAGUUGCCCUAAUCACAUUAUUAGUCUUGCUGGACAGGCUGUAGUAACAAAAGGGGCUGAGAAAUGCCUUCUCAUUUAACUUGUUCCAAGGCCGAUUUUGAUGGGUGGGUCAAGUUCAAUCACGUUUGGCUAUUGACCAACCUAAUCUAUUCACCCUUGGUGGUCUUCAGUCGUCAUGCUCCCUUACCUUCACAGAGCAUUCUAGACUGCUCUUCCUCCUGCCUCCCUCAUGAAGCCCACAGACUCUGAUUCUUUCCCUUCUUUUCCUUCUCUGUACCUUCUACCAACCCCUGACCUUAUCUUCCAUAAUCCAGACUCCAGUCCUGGUGGAGCUCUGUGGGAUGUAAAUCAAGGCUGACUUUUGUCUCUGUCUUUGGGAUUUGCUGGGAGUAAGGGAUUUCUGAUUAAUAUUUUUACACCUAAUAAAGUCUCAAAGGGAUUGUGUUUACUCGGUCUAGGGGAGGGGCACCUUCCAAGAUGACUUGCCCAGCAAUUAAAUCGGCUUGUUAGUUGGAGGCCAGCGAUGGCCGAGGACAGCUGGAGAACUCUUCUGUGCAGGCAGCUCUGGUUAACAUCAACCGGGAAAGCUCUCUGUAAACACAUGAAUAAUUGAUCGUCCAGCGCUCACAUAGCUACCGAGGAUCUGAGCCUGUAUGACUCAUUUGCAAGCCAUUCCUGUCGUCUGGAUGCCAUAACAUUGGAGGAAUGAUGAUCGUUUCUUGGAGAUUCUUCUGUGUCCAGAGUUGCCAAGACCAAGGCUGUAAUGGUUUGUUAUGAUGACCUUUGUUAUUCCAUUAGGCUCAAUUGCUUUAAAAAAUGAUGUGUGCAUACUUUAGGAACGUUUUUACCCUUUACGUUGACCUGACAUCAUAGUUUAUAUUACAAAAUGUAUUACUGACAGAGGAGUGUUUUCAUGUCCCAAGGACAACUUUUAACAACCAUAAUCUGCCCUUAGUCAUUAUAAAUAUAAAUGUAUUGGUCAAACAGAUCUCGUUAAUGUGGCCAAGAUAAAUGCAAGUCGAUAUUUUAAGGCAGUUGAAGUUCUAGAGAAUAUUUGGAGCUUUCUGUAGGGCUAAGAGAUCUUGUGUAUGUGCUAUCACAAGGCUGAGAAAAUUAACGUGUUCUCCCCCCUCUGGCUUUUUUAUUGGACAGAUACAAUGUCUUGGGACGUCAAGUAAGAUUGUUCACAUAGUUUCUGGACUUCAUUAAUGCCUGGUGGGGUGAAGCCUAGUUCUUAAAGCCGUAUUCUUUUCAUUAUGCGCACAGGGCCUUUGAAAAGAAAUGAAAUAAAGAUUUCAAGUCUUAGCAAUGUAUUGCUCAACAACAUUUUCCUGGAUUACACUGUGCCUUGAAGUUUUAAUAUUAGUGCCCCCAGCCUCACCAUCUUGCUUCCUGCAGGAGGAGCCCCUUUUCAAGAGAUGUGAGGCUGACAUUUUGCGUCAUUUUAGUUGGCAACGUCUACACGCUGGCCUAUGACGGUCUGGGCGCGGGCUGUAGGACCGGCCGAUCGCUCUGUCUUCCUCUCUGUUACGCCACACUCAGAAGUGUUGGCCUUUGUUGGUGGUGUCCACAUUUUAAGCUUCUCAGGCAGAAAAUAAAUCCUUGUUUAGAAUCCUUUUUAA